UGCCACGGCCCACCGUUCCAAGGCUGGUGCCUCAGCGAGAUCACGAGCGAGUACGUGAGCAGUUGUGAAGAAGGAUACGAAUGCUUCGACAACAGGUGCGAGUGCGUCAUCGACGACACGCCCACGGUCACCACCGCUCCAACCAUGGCGCCCACCACCGCUCCAACCAUGGCGCCCACCACCGCUCCAACUAUGGCCCCCACCACCGCGCCAACUACUGCGCCAACUACUGCGCCAAGUACUCGACCCCCAACUGCAGUUGGCUCCACCUCCUAUGGCAUGUACACGGGAUGCCCCAGCGGAACGUACUGGGAGAUCGGCACUACCGCGUGCCGCGGCCCCAGCUACAAUGGAGAAUGCUACAACCCGGCCACUGCCAAGUACCAGAACGGCUGCGCUCCGGGCUUCUCGUGCAUCAACAACAAGUGCUCGACGAUCCCGCCGGCGACGUUCUCCCCCUCCGUGUGCUACUUGAAGUGCACCGAGUCGGACCAGUACUGCGAGAACGGAACCAACUUCUGCCGCGGCCCCAUGUACGAGGGCGAGUGCUUCAACGUCGCCACCGGACGCUUCCAGAACGGCUGCGGCGCUGGAUACGAGUGCGCUAACAACCUGUGCGUCAAG